AUGAAUAAUCUAAUUACAUUAUUGUUUAUAAUAGAAAUAAUUUCAGGUUCAGAACAGUGUUAAUGUUCAAAUUUUACACAACCUUUAUACUGCAAUUAAUUUAAGUAAUGCAAUUGGAAUGGUAAAAAUUGUUAUCAACUUAAUUGUACAUAAAUUCAAACAUAAUCGAAAUGUAUAGCUCCAUAAUGUGCUUGGUAUUUGGAAAAAUGUCAUGAUGGAUAAUCGUGUAAUUAUUAUACAGAUAAAUAAAUUUGCAAUUAAAUAUUUGGAUGUGUCGCAAAUGAUGGAUAUUGUCUUCCAUAUGAAGAUUGCAGUUUUCAAACCUAAGAUAAAUGUAAUGGAAUAACUCCUUCAGGAAUAUAAUGUUUUUGGAAUUCCUAAACCUAGAGUUGCCUUAAAUUUUAAACAUGCAAUAGAUUGUCUUUGGAUAAUAAUGAUUGUAAUUCAAUACCUUACUGUAUUUAAAAGAAGAAAUAAUGCGAGAGUUUUAGCAAUUUAAAAUGUUCUGAUUUAGAAUCUGUAUUUUCUAUCAUCAUUAUUAGCAAAUUGAUUGUAGCAGAAUGGCAUCUUAUUAAUGUUCAUGGUAAAAUGGUUAAUGUGAAUACAUUGCUUGUUCUACAUAUACAACUUAAUCUUCCUGUAGUAUUAAUUUUUGUACUUGGAGUGGAUCAUCUUGUUUAUAUUGCCCAGUAAAAAAUUUUAUAUAUAUAUUUAGAUUGAUAAUACUUUUAGCAAAUUACUUAUAUUUCUAAAUAUAUUUUUUUUGGCGGUAUUAUUUUGA